GUUGCGAGUGGGAGGCGGCGGCUGGUCCUCAGCGGUGUUUGGGAAGAUGGCGCCUCAGGUGACGGACCGGGGGCUGAAGAGCAUCGUGUGGCAGAAGAUAAAAGCAACAGUGUUUGAUGACUGCAAGAAAGAAGGCGAAUGGAAGAUAAUGCUUCUAGAUGAAUUUACCACUAAGCUUUUGGCAUCGUGUUGCAAAAUGACAGAUCUUCUAGCAGAGGGUAUAACUGUUGUGGAGAAUAUUUAUAAGAAUCGAGAACCUGUCAGACAAAUGAAAGCUCUUUAUUUUAUCUCUCCAACAUCAAAGUCUGUAGACUGUUUUUUACGUGAUUUCGGAAGUAAAUCGGAGAACAAAUACAAAGCAGCGUAUAUCUACUUCACUGACUUUUGCCCUGAUAGUCUCUUUAACAAAAUUAAGGCUUCUUGCUCCAAGACAAUAAGAAGAUGUAAAGAAAUAAAUAUUUCCUUCAUUCCACUUGAAUCUCAGGUAUAUACUCUUGAUGUACCAGAUGCAUUCUAUUACUGUUACAGUCCAGACCCUAGUAAUGCAAAUGGAAAAGAUAUCGUCAUGGAAGCGAUGGCUGAGCAGAUAGUUACAGUAUGUGCUACCCUGGAUGAAAAUCCUGGAGUAAGAUAUAAAAGUAAACCUCUGGAUAAUGCCAGUAAGCUUGCUCAGCUUGUUGAAAAAAAACUUGAAAACUACUACAAGAUUGAUGAAAAGAGCCUAAUAAAGGGUAAAACUCAUUCCCAGCUCAUAAUAAUUGAUCGUGGCUUUGACCCUGUGUCCACUGUCCUGCAUGAACUGACCUUUCAGGCAAUGGCAUAUGAUCUACUGCCGAUUGAGAAUGAUACAUACAAAUAUAAAACCGAUGGGAAAGAAAAGGAGGCAAUCCUUGAAGAAGAUGAUGACCUCUGGGUCAGAAUUCGACAUCGGCAUAUUGCAGUUGUAUUAGAGGAAAUUCCCAAGCUUAUGAAAGAAAUUUCAUCAACAAAGAAAGCAACAGAAGGAAAGACAUCACUUAGUGCUCUUGCCCAACUGAUGAAAAAGAUGCCCCAUUUCCGUAAACAGAUCACUAAGCAAGUUGUUCAUCUUAACUUAGCAGAAGAUUGCAUGAAUAAGUUCAAGCCUAAUAUAGAAAAGCUCUGCAAAACUGAACAGGACCUGGCACUUGGAACUGACGCAGAAGGACAGAAAGUCAAAGAUGCUAUGCGAGUACUCCUUCCAGUUCUACUCAACAAAAAUCAUGAUAAUUAUGAUAAAAUAAGAGCAAUCCUACUUUAUAUAUUCAGUAUUAAUGGAACUACGGAAGAAAACUUGGACAGGUUGAUCCAGAAUGUAAAGAUAGAAAAUGAGAGUGACAUGAUUCGUAACUGGAGUUACCUUGGUGUUCCCAUUGUCCCUCCCUCUCAACAAGGCAAACCAUUAAGAAAGGAUCGGUCUGCAGAAGAAACGUUUCAGCUCUCUCGAUGGACACCUUUUAUCAAAGAUAUUUUGGAGGAUGCCAUUGAUAAUAGAUUAGAUUUAAAAGAGUGGCCAUAUUGUUCCCAGUGUCCAGCAGUAUGGAAUGGCUCAGGAGCUGUAAGUGCUCGGCAGAAACCCAGAGCUAAUUAUUUAGAGGAUCGAAAAAAUGGGUCUAAGCUGAUUGUUUUUGUAAUCGGAGGAAUUACAUACUCUGAAAUGCGUUGUGCUUAUGAAGUAUCUCAGGCACAUAAAUCCUGUGAAGUUAUUAUUGGUUCCACACAUAUUUUAACACCCAAAAAGCUGUUGGAUGAUAUAAAGAUGCUGAAUAAACCCAAGGAUAAAGUCUCCUUUAUUAAAGAUGAAUAGUAUUUUAGCGGAGGAGGGAUUUGGAGAUUCUUAUUAAUUUGAUCAACUAAAGUAGAUCAAGACGUUGUGGCUGUCAUGUAAUUUAAAAAAUGUAAAUAUUUUAAGGAAUAAUGACUUUUC